CUCCCACCCCGUUCCUCCCCUUAAAUGCCAGCCAUGAUCGAGAAGGGCCCGGAGGUCUCGGGGAAACGGCGGGGCAGGAACCACAACGCCGCCGGCACCAAUAAUAACAACAACAACGGCGGCAGCAAAAGUUUAUCCGCCGCCCCCAACGGCAACAGCAGCGGCAACUCCUGGGAAGAAGGCAGCUCGGGGUCCUCCAGCGAUGAGGAGCACGCUGGCGGCGGGAUGAGGGUCGGGCCGCAGUACCAGGCGGUGGUCCCUGAUUUCGACCCGGCCAAACUCGCAAGGCGAAGUCAAGAGAGAGAGAAUCUCGGCAUGCUGGUCUGGUCACCUAACCAGAAUCUGUCUGAAGCAAAAUUGGAUGAGUACAUUGCCAUUGCUAAAGAGAAGCAUGGAUACAAUAUGGAGCAGGCCCUUGGGAUGCUGUUUUGGCACAAGCACAACAUUGAGAAGUCUUUGGCAGAUCUGCCAAACUUUACUCCAUUCCCAGAUGAGUGGACGGUGGAAGACAAGGUCUUGUUUGAACAGGCCUUUAGUUUCCAUGGGAAAACCUUUCACAGGAUCCAGCAGAUGCUUCCUGACAAAUCAAUAGCCAGCCUCGUGAAAUUUUACUACUCCUGGAAGAAGACAAGGACUAAAACUAGUGUGAUGGACCGUCAUGCUCGUAAACAAAAAAGGGAACGUGAGGAAAGUGAGGAUGAAAUGGAGGAAGCAAAUGGAAAUAACCCUAUUGAUAUUGAAGUUGAACAAAAUAAGGAGAGCAAAAAGGAGGUGCCACCCACUGAAACUGUUCCUCAGGUGAAGAAGGAGAAACACAGUACACAGGCCAAGAACAGAGCAAAGAGGAAACCUCCUAAAGGAAUGUUCCUUUCCCAAGAAGAUGUGGAAGCAGUUUCUGCCAAUGCGACAGCUGCUACCACUGUACUCAGACAACUGGACAUGGAACUAGUCUCAAUCAAACGACAGAUUCAGAACAUCAAACAGACAAACAGUGCACUCAAGGAGAAGCUUGAAGGUGGUAUAGAACAAUACAGACUUCCAGAGGUUGUUCAGAAAUUUAAUGCACGUUGGACCACAGAUGAGCAGCUUCUUGCUGUGCAAGCAAUCAGGAAAUACGGCCGAGACUUUCAGGCAAUCUCUGAUGUGAUUGGAAACAAGUCUGUGGUGCAAGUGAAAAACUUUUUUGUAAAUUAUCGACGUCGUUUCAACAUAGAUGAAGUUCUACAGGAGUGGGAGGCAGAGCAUGGCAAAGAGGAGACAAAUGGAACCAAUAGCCAGAAGCCUGUAAAAUCCCCUGAUAAUUCCACUAAAAUGUCCGAAGAGGAAGAUGAGAUUCCAGUACUGAUUUUGGGAAUUGGGAAUUCCAGACAUAUAUGAAAGUGGAAAGAGAACAGUUAAUUUGCAGCCCUCUGACAGUAUCUGUAUCUCAUCAGCACAUGGACAUUUUAAUUCCUCUUGCUGCUGAAACCCUAUACAUCUUUAUCUCACUUGGAUGUUUUCCCUGCACUCAAUUCUCCAAGCUGUUCUAGGUUUGGCUUUGUGGGACCGUACAGUCUUCUGAGGCAAAGCUCGCUCUUCCAUUAUUGACACUGGAGUGAAUUUCACUCGGGGGAAGGGAAGAAAGCUAUAAACAAGGCGAGUGUGUGAAACUGUUCACUCUGGCACUAAACUAGAGGCAAAGUUUCCUUGAUUUUACAGCAUUUUCUGUGAAGACAGAAAUUCUAGAAACGGCCUCUCCUUGAUGGAGCUUCGCGAAUUUAACACAUUCUCCAAAGACAAUGUGUUUUUAAAGUUAACUGAAGAGACUGUAAAGUAUUAAAGUAUGGGUUAGGUACAAAAAUUUAAGAUUGACAGUCUUGCAAAAGAAAACACCACUAGAGAUUUGCAUGUUAAAAAUGUCUGAUCUAGGACUUCCUUUGGCCUGAUUUUAUAAGACAACUUGGCACAAAAGCCCUAUCUUCUAAAUGCAAGCACAGUCAACAGUGUAAGGUGAAUUUUGGUCUCACAUGGACUAAAGACUUCUGAGCGUACUGUAUUUUUUGUUGCCCUGAUUAUGGUUGACUCACUUGUUCGUUCCUGUUCAGAGAGUGGAACUGUAUUGCUUCACAAAUCCUAAUAAUGUAUUAUUCAAAGAUGCUUUUAUUUGGGGACUAGAUUCAAAGCUAUGAUAGGUGAACAAAACUAGGCUCAGAAGAAAAAUGUACCUUUUCCGAAGAGUCUGAAUGAAAUCGUCCCAUUCUUCCUGAAUUGAGAGCUGGAGCAAAGAAGUAACAGUACUUAGCCACCCAUUUGAAAGAGAAGUGGUUUGUUUCACUGCCCUUUCCUGUGACCAGGAGAGUUGUAUCUGUUGGCACUGCAGAGCUUUUCUCCUCUGAGAUUCUUCCUGGCUUCAAAUACACCCUUGCUCCUGAAAGUUACAGUCAAAAAAAGGGGAGUCUCACUUGAGAUAGGAAGAAAAUGGUUGCAGCAGGAACAGAAGUGUGUUCAUCUGGCCAAGUAUAUGGAUACUGGAGCAACAAGGGUCCCACACAGGUUAGCAGAGCAGGAAGAGGACUGAGAGUGGAAGCGUGACAGCAUGGUUGGGGGAAAUGACUAGUGGCGCAGCAGUUGUGAUCCCCAGACUAGUGAUGGGUAAUGCACAGGCUGGAGCUGAGCAAGUGCUGAGUGGUGGAAGGGGGACCAAAAUGAUACGCUGGUGGGAAUAGUUGCACACUCUAGAGAAAAGGCAGCUAUUGCGAGUCGGGUGGUUCUCUGUGCUCUGCAGUACAGUAAGGGAUGAGGGCAGAGCCUGCCUGCACAAGGCUGACAGAGGUGAGAGCCAGGCAGGGUGGCAGUGAGCUGCCAGCUGUGACAUACCAUGUAUGCCUUACAUGAGCACUAUGUGGCUAGUGGUUCUUAAAGAAGCCUGUUCUAGUCAGUCUUGGCUGGGAGGAGGAAGGUGCUGGCAGCAUGGAGACGAUUUAACUACCGAGCCUGCAGCUUUUUAUAAAAACACACAAGGAAAAGAUACAAGGUGGACAUCUAAUGGUCACCAUGGUCUCUGAGGCACAUCAGACAUUGCCUCUCAGGCUGGGUGUAAAUGUGGUAUUCCAGCCUUCAGGGGUAACAAAAGCACAGUGCUGACUGCAUACCUCUUCGAGCAGUUCUGGAGGCAAAGCGAAAUGUCACUGGAUUAUCACAUAAGUGCUCUAUGUGGAAUAGGUGGGGCAUGUACUGAUCCCUCUUGAGUUGUGCAGUACUGUAUGGUUGGUACCUGCUCUUGAGAGCACUUGCACAGGCUGGUCACAUCAGGUGGACUGUCAGCAGUAGCCAGAAGACUUUGCUGGCUUAACAUUUGAAGUCUGUCAGGUGCUUUCUCCCUUGGCAUGCCUUGUCUGCCUGGCCACCAGCCUAGUAAAAUCUUCAUCAGCCCCCUGACUGCUCUGGGCUUUCCCCCCUUCAGUGUUUUUUCAUAGCAAGUGGCCAUAGUUCCUUUUUUGUUGUGUUUGGGUUUUUUUUUUUUGUUUUUUUUUUUUGAAGGGGGGAGGUGAGACUGCAGCCUCAACUCUAGUAUUAAUUCUUGUAUGUUUGCACUCCCAACAAAUCCCAGUGUGACUCAGAAUAGGGGAAGGAGCUGCGAUUCCUCCCGUGUGCCUGAGUUGUCCGUUUUUCAGUACCAUGGAACUGGAGAUGUAAGAAAGCUUAUGUGUAUUAAUUUUUAAACUAAACGUCUCCUUUUUCUCCCCCCUCCCCUUCCCUCCAGGCUACUUCUGUUCUUGAUGUCAGAUAUGCAUCUGCUUCGUGAGAAGGUGCUGUAGCCUAGAACAAUUUGUGUUGACUACUGUGUUAUCCAGGAUAUCAGGUAUUAGCAAACCUCAGACAGCCAUCUGCACCAUAUCUGUGGACAAGCAGCUAUUACCAAAUAAAGGCAAACGCUUCCAGUCCUGUGCUACAUCUGCCUUAAUCUCCCCUCAUUCCUCCAUACUGCCUCCACUUUCUUUCAAAAGCACCCAGGUAGCUCAGCUCUCCAUUUCAUCAACGUCCUGCUUAAGUGUGAGGAUUUCUAGAACCAGUAACACCUGUCUCUAAAUUUUGACCAACCUGCAAAACAAGGAGCUCCUUAGCGACCCCACAGUAACUACACAUUAGGAGUUCUUAUAAUACUUGGUCCGUAGGGUGUAAGUACGUAUUGCUGCAUGGCCUUGUGGUCUCCGCUUCCUGUGUAUUCUUACGAUGACACUACCAUUAGUGAGCUUUCUAUAAAGGAGAGGCCUGUGCACAUGCCAGUAGUGUCAGGUUUGUUCUGAAAUGACAGGGCAUGUUAACAAGCCAUCUUGAAUCAUGCGAAGUGAUAGGAAAUAUUAUUUCUAAGGUUUGGUCAGUCCAAGGUUGUAAAUGUAACUCAUCACACUUCUGGUUUGUGCAAUUCUUUCCGCUUUAUUUGUGUUUUCUUGCUUCAUAGAAAGCUCCCUAAUUGAGUAUUUUAUUCCUGUAUAUUUUAAUAGCUUUUAUUUAGUGCAAAAGGGAAUACGUAAUCUGAAACCAUUUGAUAUGCUAUUUAACCCCUGGCAUUCGGCAUUUGCAUUGUAACUUGUUAAAUGAGCGCUACACAACUUUCUUUUUCCUGAUCCUCUGCGGGAUUAAGUCAAAACAACUUUCUCUGGUGCCUCUCCUCUUGGAAUAUGUGCCUUUUUACAUUUGGCUACCACAGGUCACUUUCUGUCCCAGUGUUUCAUUCCUCUUCAGAGCGCUGUUUGCCAAAGACAUCAAACUACUUCUCCCACUGGAAGUCUGAGCAAGGGUGAGAGCACCAAAUUCAACCUUCAGGUAGUUUUUGGGCUCUUGGACAUUUAAUAGAGAACAACUGGGUUAAUUUCAUUGGCCAUUUUAACCUUCUGAAGCACACAUCGCUUUCAUGUUCUGAACCAAAAUAUGCAAUUUAAAAUCUAAGAGGUGCUUUUCCAAAUACUUGGUGCAUGCAGCUUUCAAAUCCCCGGGCCUCUGCUUGGAUGACCUGUGCUGUGGCCUGUCUAGCUGGCUGGAACUGGAGCUGUUCUUUGAAGUCCUGUGUGAGGACUUUGGACCUUGACGAAGGUCGUUGCUGACUGCCAAGCAGACAGUGUUCAGAGGAGCCAGAAGCAGCAGUAUUACUUCUUGUCCAAUGGAAAGCUGCAAAAUAAUACUAGUCACAAAGCAUUCAAAAAAUGGUUAAUUUCAUGAUGUUAGAAGGAACCAACAGGUGUCUUUGCAGGUGGAAGAAGCAACCUUCUUUGCCUCUUUUCCUCUACAAGAGAGUUCAAGCCAAGAUGGCACAUGGCUAUGUACAGCACCAGCCUCCUACCACAGCCCAAAAUGAGUUACUCCAUGUCCUGGCCUGCUGAGGUGCUGAAACUCAGUGUAGUUCCGAACUUGGUGCUGAUCUUUGAGUUGCUGGGCUGUGCUGUGUUGUGUGUUGUGAUGGCUCUGUUCUCUGUACCCAAAUGAGGUAGGCUAAUGCCAGCUGGCUUACAGAGCCAGCUGUGCCUACACUGUAGACGCAACCCAAGGAAACGACAGGGGAGGUAGCCUCAAGUACCACUGAGGUAGUCUGCUUGGGCCUUGUGCGAGUAAAGUAAUUCACAUCAGAAAUCGAGCAACAACAUGCAGGCAAUGGAGCAGAUAGGCAUUUCUUAGCGCAAGCUAGAGUGUGGAACCUGUUUCAGCCGCUUUGCAGCUGUUUCUGAGUAGUAGCUGGUUCAUUCUGGUAGCUCCAGAGAGAUCCUAUGAGGUGAUGGGAGGAUGGAAGGGAGCUAUUCCCUGUCUUCUCUGUUGGAAACCAGUAAUCUGAAGUUCCUGACGGCAUCUUUGCAGCUGCCGUUGUGAAUUGGCAUGAUGAUGCCCCUGCAGACGUUCCUUCAGGCUUGGGCCAGUUGGAGUUUGGGAGUCUCUUGUGGGAAAGGACAGUAAUUGUUAGCCAGUAUGAAUUAGAAUUGAAGAUGGUCAGUUAGCACUGUGAAUUCAGCUGACAGUUCCGGUGUACAUCAAUGCCGCUCUUUAGAAAUUCUCUAGUAUUAAACCUCCUGCUGGUACCAACGCAUGAGAUAGGUCCUCGCCAGUGUGGGAGGCUUGUGUCAGCUUCCAUCCCAGCUGGUGAAACUCAUCAGGAGAGGCUUCUGCUGGUGAGUUGAGUUACCUCUGAGGACUUUUCAUCGGUUUUUGCCCUCAAAUCUGUCCAUGUUAUGAUCAGAAAAGUUGUAUUUUGGCUUCAUCCCCAAGGGGUGGGGGGAAACAUAUAUAAUUCAUGAUAUUAGGAAUAAAAAAGUUGUUUAGUUACUUUUUAAUUGACUGCUAUCUUAUUGUAAUUGAUACGUACAGUAUAAUAGCACUGUAUUUUAAACGUUUAGUUUUUUACAUUCUCUUUAACUAUCUUUUUAAAUGCGAUAAAAUCAUUUUAGCUUCUGAAAGUUUAAAUGGUUUGGUCUUGUUUGGGUGAAGACCCCGUUUUUCUUUUUGAAACGGGUCAAGCAUUAGAUACAUCAACUGGUUGCAUUCUGAUUAGAAGGGUCCACAAAGAUAACUGCAUAAGAUAGAAUAUUCACUUAAAUUUUGUUUCUUAAACUAUCAAUGUGAAUGUCAUAAUUAUAUAUAUUUUGUGGAAAAUGGGAAAUUAUUUCUCCUAAGUAUAAGUUAUUGUGCAAAAUAUGGUAUCGUUAAAUAAAAUGAUAGUUUAAGUUUUAGUUUUAGAAAUCUUAAAGAUAUAAAAGUGUAUUGCAUAUGCAUAAACAAAUUUCAUUUGUUCUAUUUAAUUUCUAUGUAGUUGUGUAAAGUGCUAGGUAACUUCUUUUUUCACUUAUCCAUCAAAACAACCUUGUUACUUGAAUAUUCGUGUUUAACCGGUUUGAAACAGUGAUCAAUUUUUGUAAUAUAAUCUUAUAACCAAGGGAAAAAAAAUACAUGCCUCAGUUGUGCUUAACCAUAUAGCUACAAUGUACAAUCAGAUGCUUAAGACCAUAGUAGCCAUAACUGGUAGUGCAACCACAAUGGUUGUCUUGAUAUAUUUAAUACCAAUGGGGAUAAUGAGUUCUUAAUAUAUUUUUACAAGUUUGCAACCAGAAGACCCCAUGAAUAUCUACUAGAACAUUUUUUUAAUAGUUAAUAUGAGAGUGAAACUCUUAUUCGCUUAAAACAACGUCCUGACAAACAGUUUUCCUGUACAAAUACAUCUGAGACAUUAUGUAUUAAAAUAUGCUCAUUGUCACUUUAAAUUUCAGUUUUUAUUCUCUGAAUCGCUAAUAUGCUGUUGGUAUUCUUGCACACCAAAUAUGAGCCAAACAGUGCAUUACACUAACUCGAUCACUGGAUUUAUGAACAUAAAUCUCCAAGUUGAUGAAGCGCAAAAAUAUUGCAGGAGAUUUUUCUGAUAAUGCGUUGCUUUUUCAAAUCUGUAUAAAAUAAUUCAUAGCCCGUUCAGCGAUGAGUGGCCCGAUAGUUACUCUUUAAAAAAAAAAAAAGUGAUUUUUAUUAGCUCCAGCUUGUCUUCAGCAAGUCAAAAUCUAGUGAUCUUGUGCAAUGCCCCUAAAGCAAAUACUUUCUGCCACUCCCCUGGAUUAAUGCAGCUUUUCCUGUUGAUAGUAAAGCACAAUUGCAGUGAAAGUUACAGUUCAGAAGAUGGAAGGUCAGUAUAGUCUAUGCAUGUUGUAUAAUACUGAGUGUUUACAUUCAUAUUCUCCUAAAAUAAAAUUUAUACUGGAGUGUAUAGUAUUCCAUUAUGUAGAUUUUAUCAAUUUUGUUAACUGCUUAUAGAUUGCUUAAAAGAACUUUUUUCAAGAUUUUAAAAGAUGUAUAAGGUUAAGUUUGCAAAUAUAAUGGAAAUGCUGUAUAGCUUUUGAAGUGAUAAAAUACUCGUUGGGAUUUUAAAGAAAGUAUGUUGUAAUAAUGCUGUUGUAAGUAAUAUUUUAAAUGUCUUUUUUGCCUGUUUUCUAUUAUUCAGCACACUUACUGUGAUGAAUGUUCAUAGCAUUAUAAAACUGCUUAGCCACUGAAAAGUAACAUUUGGUUUUGAAUUAUUUUACUGUAUGAGGAAUUAUAGUGGGGUAAAUUCCUUUGUAAAAUUCUACAUAAUUCAUUUUUCUAUGAUUUCCAAUGUUUGCUGACAUCAAAUAAAAUUUUUUCAAGCCAUUGAUGUAAUAAAAUAUGUAGUAAAAUGUUAUUGAUGUAACAUGUGUUUCUGAUAUGCAAUCGAUCUGCCUUUCAAAUUCUGGUCCAGAGAAGCGAGCGGGGCUCGCCCCUUCCUGCAUUGCAUUGCUGGUGUGUAGGUGGCUUUGGAGGGUGACCGCUGCUGCCGUCAGCGAGCAGAGGCCCAU